AUUGUCGACGACCAGAAAGAUUUCCAAUCGGCAAUUGGUAGUCUUGUCUACAACCUCUGGUAUUAUCACACCUUCACGCUCUUCUUUCACUGAAUCAUCGCGACACUAAGCUUGUCUCUAAAUCUCCUGCUUCCUCCCGAACAGUUUUAAGGUUUCUCGGAAUUUCCGUCUCUGUCCCUGGGUUUUCUUUUCUCGGUUCUCUACAAACUGCAAAGUGCAGAACCUUCUCAUAACUCUCCUAAUGGCUUCGGUGACUAAGAACUCUCUGUUCGGUGGUGAUCUGCCAUGGUCACCUCUUGACUGGACUAGCAGCGAUGAUCGCGUUCGCGGCGGUUCGUCUUACUCAGAGCUUUCCUGCAGUCCAUUUUCCCCCACAGCUGUAUUCAAGGGCAACCUAGACAUCGACACCUUAGGCGGCGCAGGAUUUGCAUCACAACGGACUACUGGGGAAGAUAGAAAUUGGGAUCUUUCAGGAUACGAUGGCAUGCUCCUCGACAUCGCGAAAACGGAUGGGAAGCAGUAUACAUUGAUAUUGAAAGAUGAAUUGCUUCCCAAGAGUCCAAACGGGAGGGAACAAAGUACGACUAGCUGGGAAUUUGACUUCAAGGCGGACAAGGAAGGCGAGAAGGUUUUCGUCUCAUGGAAUGAGCUAAAGGCUACAUAUCGAGGAAAGGAGAAGAAGGAUGCCAAGCCAUUGGAUCUAAAGCACGUCAAAAGAAUCAGCAUAAUGAUGAGAAGCUUUUUUGGGACUCAACAGGGGGACUUCUCUCUCACUAUCAGGUCGAUUUCGGCAUUCUAUAAAAAGGAUACUUCGGCCGACACUGGUGAGCCAUAUCACGACGACCCGAAUCAGACUUCAGUGCCCUGGACUGGUGAUGGACUUGACAACACAUCAGAUGCACAACAACAACAACAACAACAAAGUUGGGUUGGUUGGUUUUCCCGAUUCUGUAGCAGUUAGUAGGCCCGCCUUACCCAAAUCAAAAGAAUCAAUACCGGGUAUCUUCUUGACUUCGCAUUCGAACUGCCAGUAAGCAUCAUGUUGCUGUUGGCCUAUACCAGCAACAGAAAAUUGGAGCCUUAUCUCUUUCAGACGGAUUGAACUCAAAGCACAAACAUAACAUCAAACCAUCCUAGUACGCAUCCCCCUGAAUGUACUCGGCUAUCGUGUUCUCGACAACA